CGAGAAAAGGGCGUCCUCCUUUCAUGUUUGUCUCCCCGGAGGAGGAAGGGGCGGUCUCUGCGCCACACCACAGCCGGAAUUAGCCCCUGCUCGCUCGGCUCGGCUCGGUUCGCGUCCCGCCGACUCAGAAACGGGACCGGAGAGCGAGAGAAAGUGAGGGAGAGAGGCUCGCAACAUUUUACCAGGAAGAGAAGAAGCAGAAAGAGAGAGAGGGCGGUCGGAGUUUAAAGAGUCUUCGGAAAGCAGCGGGAAUUAAACCGAAGAAGAAGAGGAGGAGGAGCGGGAGUCCAGGAGAAGAAGAAGAUGCCUCUGGCUCAGCUGGCGGAUCCCUGGCAGAAGAUGCCGGUGGGGGGGACGGCUGGAGAGGAGGCGCAUCACGACCCCGAAGACACAGCGGGGGACGACGACUCGAUGACGGCCUGCACCGAUGACGUUCCCAUCAAAGAGAUCAGCAUCACCCACCAUGUGAAGGAGGGGUCGGAGAAGGCCGACCCGCGGCAGUUCGAGCUCCGGAAAGUUCUGGGUCAGGGUUCGUUUGGGAAGGUGUUUCUGGUGAGGAAGGUCACAGGACCGGACGCAGGUCAGCUCUACGCCAUGAAGGUCCUGAAGAAAGCCACGCUGAAAGUUCGCGACCGGGUCAGAACCAAGAUGGAGAGGGACAUCCUGGUGGAGGUCAACCACCCCUUCAUCGUCAAGCUGCAUUACGCGUUUCAGACGGAGGGGAAGCUUUACCUCAUCCUGGACUUCCUGAGAGGAGGAGACCUGUUCACCCGCCUCUCCAAGGAGGUCAUGUUCACCGAGGAGGACGUGAAGUUCUACCUGGCGGAGCUCGCUCUGGCCCUCGACCACCUUCACGGCCUCGGCAUCAUUUACAGAGACCUGAAGCCUGAAAACAUCCUGCUGGACGAGGCCGGACACAUCAAGCUGACAGACUUCGGCCUGAGCAAAGAGUCGAUAGACCACGAGAACAAGGCCUACUCCUUCUGCGGGACGGUGGAGUACAUGGCGCCCGAGGUGGUGAACCGGCGGGGACACACGCACAGCGCCGACUGGUGGUCGUACGGCGUGCUGAUGUUUGAGAUGCUGACAGGAACGCUGCCGUUCCAAGGCAAAGACCGGAAGGAGACGAUGACAAUGAUCCUCAAAGCCAAGCUGGGAAUGCCGCAGUUCCUCAGCUCGGAAGCUCAGAGUCUCCUCAGGAACCUGUUCAAACGCAACCCAGCCAACAGACUGGGCGCCGGCCCGGACGGCGUGGAGGAAAUCAAGAGGCAUUCGUUCUUCAGCCGGAUCGACUGGAACAAACUUUUCCGCACAGAAAUUUCUCCUCCGUUCAAACCGGCCGUCGGUCGACCUGACGACACUUUCUACUUUGAUCCCGAGUUCACGGCGAAAACGCCCAGAGACUCGCCGGGCGUCCCGCCCAGCGCCAACGCCCAUCAGCUCUUCAGAGGCUUCAGCUUCGUGGCCAUAACGGAGGAAGAGCCGACGCCGAUGCCUAAUACCAUCGUACAGCAGCUUCACAGAAGCACGUCCCAGUAUUCAGACACCUACGAGAUCAAAGAGGACAUCGGCGUCGGCUCCUACUCCAUCUGCAAGCGCUGCAUCAACAAAGUCACCGGCAUGGAGUACGCCGUGAAGAUCAUCAACAAGGCCAAGAAGGAUCCAACAGAAGAAGUGGAAAUCCUGCUGAGAUACGGACAGCAUCCGAACAUCAUCACCCUGAAGGAUGUGUAUGACGACGGCCGCUCGGUGUUCCUGGUGACGGAGCUGAUGAAGGGAGGAGAGCUGCUGGAUAAGAUCCUGCGGCAGAAGUUCUUCUCUGAGCGGGAAGCCAGCGCCGUGCUCUACACCAUCACCAAGACCGUGGAGUAUCUGCACGUCAACGGGGUGGUGCACAGAGACCUGAAGCCCAGCAACAUCCUGUACGUUGACGAGAGCGGCAACGCCGAGUCCAUCCGGAUCUGUGACUUUGGUUUCGCCAAACAGCUGAGAGCCGAGAACGGCCUGCUCAUGACGCCAUGCUACACCGCCAACUUCGUCGCUCCAGAGGUGUUGAAGAAGCAGGGAUACGAUGCAGCCUGUGACAUCUGGAGUCUGGGCGUUCUGCUAUACACAAUGCUAACAGGUUUUACUCCUUUUGCUAACGGUCCAGAUGACACACCAGAGGAGAUUCUGGCUCGGAUCGGCAGUGGGAAGUUCUCCCUCACUGGAGGAUACUGGAACUCUGUCUCUGCUGAAGCAAAGGAUCUGGUGUCCAAGAUGCUGCAUGUAGAUCCUCAUCGGCGACUGACGGCGGCUCAAGUCCUCAGACAUCCCUGGGUGAUGCACAGAGACCAGCUGCCCAAAUACACCCUGAACAGACAGGAUGCACCACACCUCGUCAAGGGCGCCAUGGCCGCCACCUACUCGGCCCUGAACCGGAACGUUCCCCCGGUCCUGGAGCCGGUGGGCUGCUCCACUCUGGCCCAGCGGAGGGGGAUGAAGAAGAUCACCUCCACCGCUCUUUGACUUCCUCCUCCUCCUCUUCCUCCUGUCAACUCUGACCUCGAUCUGAUCGCUGCCGGACCUCCCCGCCGCCCCCUGCGGUCCGGUCCGGUUGGACAGACUACUGAUGGACCUGAGAACCGCUUACGCCAAAUAGAAGCACACCCCGUCUCUGCCCCGCCCUGCACCUUACCGGGUUCUCCUGACUCUUAGCUUUAGCAUCACCAAUCAACACAAACCCGUGGCCCCGUGGCCCCGUGGCCCCGGCCUCUGCUUCGGACAAUCAGCGCUUCCUCGCCACUCCGAGGCUACAUCAGGAAAACAAGAGUAUUUAUUAACCUCUAACGGGAAACCAUAGGAACAAAGUAAGGUAAGGUAGGCGUUCUAAAGAGCUAGGAUCAUUGUUAUCUGUGUAGUUGUAGAUUCUGCAUUUAAACCUCAAGUAGCCUCUGAGACGGACAGAAGUCCAGAUCAGCUCAGGAAGCAGCCGGCUGGGACUGUCGCUGCUCGCCUUUUAAAAGGGAAACCAACGUCUCACUGGAGCCACAAAGGUUUUAAACCCAUUCUGUUGGGAAAACCUUUUUCUUUUUCCACUUUUUCAUCAUUCAGGAACAAAACAGCAAAAUGUUUCAAACAUUCACCAUUGAAACCUUUCGUUUCCGCCAACAUUUAUCCAAAACCAACAUGGAAAAUACUCUGGAAUCAAACUGAACGACUUAAAUCUGCAAAGAGUUUUCUGGCAUUAUGCUGCCCCCUAGUGACCACAGCAGCUAUAACAAGCCAUUUUUCACCUAUUUUUGUCUUUUUCAUUUUUGGAAUAAGAUAAAGUUAUAUUUGACACCAAAUAUCAUAAACAUUUUUGGUUACUGUCUAAUCUGGUCAGAAGCAGAUUUAUGCAGAUUAGGGAGAAACUAAAUCUGUGGUGCUCAGUUUUUCUCAUUUAGCUUUUGGAGACAAAAAUUAAAUUAACAUUUCAGUGAUGUUGAAAAAAAGUUGCUAUUUUUCCCUUUGGUAGUAAAAUAGACAAUGUUUAUGUAAAUUUAUUUAAAAAAUACAGAUAUUUCCUGACGUGUUUCCUAAGUGAUUCGGAGCAGUGAGGUCACCUGGUGCUGUUUGGGGCUCCGCAGUUCAGCCACACUUUAAAUUAGAAACACCGUUUAAAGUUUAAACACGGCACAGAAAGUAGGGCUUUCCUCAUCUCAAUUAACAUUUUGAUACAUUUUAUACUUUUUACAAAGUUUUAUUUUAAGUUUGGUGAACGUUUUAGAGUUUUUAACCUCAGAAAGUUUAUUUUAACUGUGAUGAUGCAACACACUUUAGAUUUUGACCUUUUUUUUCUCUAUCUAAAUCAUUUUCAUGCCAAUAGUUUCAUCUCUACAUAUAAAGUUUAUACAUCAGAAGAUUGGUAUUUCUGUCCACUUUUUAGUCAAAUCACCUGAGAGUUCAGCGUUCACACACACAACUGAAUUCACUCCCAUUGUAAUCCCUCUAUCAAAAUUAGCAUUGAAGAGUCUCUCUUUAUAUCUCCAUAUAAAACAUUGCAGACGUAUAAAGUUUCUCAUAUGUGGCCAGAGGAACGUUAUGCUUCUUACGGUUAAAGGAUUAUUCAAUACAACUUACGGUUUCCACACAGUUUGUUUGCUGCUUAAACUCCUGGUUAUUUUUCUGUCUUACUCCCCAGAAAAGGCGGGAAUCACCAUGGCAACUUGUUUUUACCAGUUAUUUUUUUGCUUUUCCAUGAUGCACUAGAAUAAGCAUUUGGGAGACUGAGCAGGAGGAAAUCUGAGCACCACUGAUUUAAAUCCCCUCCCAGAUUUUCACAGGAAUAAUUCAGGAACCGUUUCAGGAUCUGAAAGCAGCUUGAAGCGUUUCCCGUCCGCCAUCUUUAGAUGGUCUAGAGCCGCCUGCUUCCUCGCAGCGCCGCCUGAAGCUGGAUUUCUGCCUCUCAGUACGAGCCGUCGGUGCAGCAGAACUGUAAAUAUGAACGUGUUGGGCAACUCAGGUUUCUACGAAUCAAGACGAUGCAUUUUUGUAGGAGCAGGAAAAGCACAGGAACACGAGCGAAACAGGCGAACAAAAGCUCCUAUUAUCAGACGUUCUCUGAGUUAAAGUGGGAACAUUUUACACGUCCAGAUUUCUGUUUUCCUCUCAAAGUCUUAAAAAAGGGACCUCUAGAGGUUCUGGAGGUUUUGUUUUGAAAUCGAACUCUUCCGUUGUUGGUGUUGCGUUCCUGUGAUCUGUGUUCAGCAUUUAUGCCUGAUGAUGACGAUGACGAUGAUGAUGAUUGUGAUUCUCUGGCAGCAAACCCUUUAAAAUUGAGCAGAAAACAUUAAAAACAUUCCAGUUGUUGGCUUCACCCUGGAGGUCUAAUCGUUAGCAUGAUGCUAACAUGUAGCAUCAUGCUAACGAUUAGCAUCAUGCUUGCUCUGUAGAUUCAACAGAAAACUAAUUUAUGCAAAUCUUUCCAGAAAAUAAAUCUGUCCUGAACUGAAGCUGAAUUACACUCCUCGAGCUUAGCCACCAGGGGGCGCUGCAUUUAUUUAACUUCUUUGACCAAAUUAUUCAGCUUCAUUAUCUUUGACCCGUUUCUCAUCAGUGAAAUUAAUCCAAGUGUGAGUUUGCUUCUGGUGCAGAAGGACAAAUGAAAGUGAAAGUCAGAAACUGUAAACCUGACGACCUCGGAGGCCCGUUUUCACCGGCGCUGAAAUAAAAAUAUCAAACGUGUCAAAUAAACGUCUAAAUCAUAAACGAGUCAUUUUCUGGAUAAAUCAAAUUUGAAAAAAUUUAAACAAAUGUUUCCUCACAGAAGUCAUGAAUAACAUUUAGACUUAAACUAUUUUUAAUUUGAAAUCAAAAUCAAAUAAAAUUUUAUUUGUAUAGCACAUUUCAGCAACAAGACAUUUUAAAGUGCUUUACAUCAUAAAAAUGUAUCAUAAAUGUCAUCUUUUUAAAUUGUUUUUACCCUUUUCUUCCGUAAUGACUCUAAGUUCACAUUUAGAUACUUUGUGAGUUUUAUUUGCUCUGCAUGUUUUUGUUUUAACCGGUGAAGUCGGGCCUCCACUGACGUCUGCGACUGAGUUUUUAAAAGCAAAAAUAAAUUUCUUCACAGCAGAAAUCCCAUUUCUGUAGUCGUGGAAACAUUAAAAACUUUCUGUGGUCGUCUGAAUGUCAUCUUAAAGGGAUAAACUUCAGAGUUUCUUUAUGUUUUAUAAAUAUCGAUUUAUGUUGAAUUUUGUUUAUUCUUCUGUCAGUGUACAGCUCUGGGAUAAAGAGAGAUAAAUAAAAUGACCUUUUCUGUAAUUAUAAACAGAGAAAUAGCUUUUUCUCUUCCUCUCACUCUUCCUCUUGUCGUCUGAUUCUGUCAGAGAUGUGUUCAGCCCUGCUGCUACGCCAGCUCUCUGUUUUCUACCUGCAGAGUUGGACUUUCUAUGAAAAACAAUAAAAAACAAUAAUCGAUAAAA